AUGAAUUUUGAAAAUUACAAUGAUGAUAUUGUGUCAGUCGAAUUUGACUUCAGGGGGGAUGCAGCACCAGAAGCUAUGGAGCCUUAUCGUAAUGAUGUGAUAAGCGAUCAUCAACAAAGUAUACUAAACGAGUUGAGAAUAAAUCUUUGUCGUGAAGAUUUUAUGUACCUAAAUAAUCAUAAAGAAGUAGAAGCAAUAGUGUCUCUUUUGCUGAAUGAAAUCUUAAAAAAAUCACCAAAGAAUCCAUAUGCAUACGCUGUUGAUUACUUGAAAAAUCCACAGACUGUCAAACUUGUGGCUAACUUCAAGCAGUCCGAGGAUUUUCAAUAUGAGAACAUUUUAAAAAAGGAUUACCAACAAUAUGCGACAGCGGCAUUGGCAGUAACAAUAGCUGAUACUAAACAGGUUGAUUCGAUGGUCACUAAGUACGAACAAAUCGAGGUUUCGGAAGACGGUGAGACAGAUGUGAUAGCGGACAAAUAUUUAAUUUAUUGA